AUGGACCCGGCGUUGCUGGCGAACCUGGAGGUUUCGCUCGUCGAAGGCAUGCACUUCGAGGAUAUGCUAUCGCUACCACUGUCGGCAGAGGGCGCGAUGCAGAAGCUGUCCGACUCCGGCUAUGAGUCUGAUAGUGCAGAAGGGGCUAGCCGAGACUUCUCUGAGUAUAUCUAG